AUGGCCAAGCGUACUUUCUCCACAUUGGAGACAUUCCUGAUUUUUCUCCUUGUAAUGAUGACUGCCAUCACAGUGGCCCUUCUCAGCCUCUUGUUCAUUACCAGUGGGACCAUCGAAAACCACAAAGAUUCAGGAAACCAUGGUUUUCCUACCACCCAAACCUCUCCAGUUACGCAGGACACCAUAGCCACCCAAGCCUCUCCAGUUACUUGCACCCCAGAGCCACCUCUAUUUCAGAACUUCAGUGGCUACCAUAUUGGUGUUGGGCGAGCUGACUGCACAGGACAAGUAGCGGAUAUCAAUUUGAUGGGCUAUGGCAAAUCUGGCCAGAACGCUCGAGGCAUCCUCACAAGGCUGUAUAGUCGUGCAUUCAUCAUGGCGGAACCCACUGGGCCAAACCGACGAAUAGUGUUUGUCAGCGUUGACAUAGGCAUGAUAUCCCAGAGACUCAGGCUGGAGGUCCUGAACAGACUGCAGAGUAAAUACGGCUCCCUGUACAGAAGAGACAAUGUUAUCCUGAGUGGCACUCACACACACUCGGGUCCAGCAGGAUAUUUCCAGUACACUAUAUUUGUCAUUGCCAGUGAAGGAUUUAGCAAUCGAACCUUUGAGUACAUGGUCACUGGUAUUGUGAAGAGCAUCGAGAUAGCACAUGAAAAUAUGAAACCAGCCAAAAUCUUCAUCAAUAAAGGAGAUGUCGAGGGUGUGCAGAUCAAUCGAAGUCCUACAUCUUACCUUAGGAAUCCACAGUCAGAGAGAGCAAGGUAUUCUUCAAAUACAGACAAGGAAAUGCUACUCUUGAAAAUAGUGGAUUUGAAUGGAGAUGACAUGGGCCUUAUCAGCUGGUUUGCCAUUCACCCUGUCAGCAUGAACAAUAGCAACCAUCUUGUAAAUAGUGACAAUAUGGGCUAUGCAUCUUACCUUUUUGAGCAAGAGAAGAACAAAGGAUAUCUCCCUGGACAGGGACCAUUUGUAGCAGCCUUUGCUUCAUCAAACCUAGGAGAUGUGUCCUCCAACAUUCUUGGCCCACAUUGCCUCAAUACAGGAGAGUCUUGUGAAAAUGCUAAUAGUACCUGUCCUAUUGGCGGGCCCGGAAUGUGCAUUGCUAAGGGACCUGGACGAGAUAUGAUUGACAGCACACAAAUUAUUGGGCGGACUAUUUACCAGAGAGCAAAGGAACUGUAUGCCUCUGCCUCCCAGGAGGUGGCUGGACCACUGGCUUCGGCUCACCAGUGGGUGAAUAUGACAGAUGUGACCGUCUGGCUCAAUUCCACACACACUGCACAAACAUGUAAACCAGCAUUGGGCUACAGUUUUGCGGCCGGCACAAUUGAUGGAGUUGGAGGUCUCAAUAUUACACAGGGGAAAACAGAAGGGGAUCCAUUUUGGGACACCAUUCGGGACCAGAUCUUUGGCAAGCCAUCAGAAGAAAUUAAAGAAUGCCAUAAACCAAAGCCAGUCCUUCUUCACACUGGAGAGCUAUCAAAACCUCAUCCCUGGCAUCCAGAUAUUGUUGAUGUUCAGAUUAUUACUCUUGGGUCCUUGGCUAUAACUGCUAUCCCAGGGGAGUUUACGACCAUGUCUGGAAGAAGACUUCGAGAGGCAGUUCAAGCAGAAUUUGCAUCUUAUGGAAUGAAGAAUAUGACUAUUAUCAUUUCGGGUCUGUGCAAUGUUUAUUCACAUUAUAUUACCACUUAUGAAGAAUACCAGGCUCAGCGGUAUGAAGCAGCAUCUACAAUUUAUGGACCACAUACUCUGUCUGCUUAUAUCCAGCUCUUCAGAGGCCUUGCCAAAGCCAUUGCAACAGAUACAGUCGCCAACAUGAGCAGCGGUCCAGAGCCUCCAUUUUUCAAACAACUGAUUAUCCCACUGAUUCCUAAUAUCGAGGAUAAACCACCAAUAGGCAGAAAUUUUGGAGAUGUCCUAGAGCCAGUGAAACCUAAAUACAGAGUGGGAGAAGUUGCUGAAGUUACAUUUGUAGGUGCUAACCCAAAGAAUUCAGCAGAAAACCGGACCCACCAGACCUUCCUCACUGUGGAGAAAUAUGAGAACACUACAGCAGCGUGGCAGAUAAUGUAUAAUGAUGCCUCCUGGGAGACUCGAUUUUAUUGGCACAAGGGAUUUCUGGGUCGGAGCAAUGCAACCGUAGAAUGGCAUAUUCCAGACACAGUCCAGCCAGGAAUUUACAGAAUAAAAUAUUUUGGACAUAAUCGCAAGAUGGAGAUCCUGAAGCCCGCAAUCAUACUUCCAUUUGAAGGCAUUUCUUCCAUUUUUGAAGUUGUAACUACUUAG